UCCCCUGCAGCCCGCCGCCUGCCCUCCCGCCGGCCACACCGGCUCCAGGGGGGCCAGAGGCUCUGCGGGGUGGGGGGAGGACAGGAGGGGAGGAGGAGGGAGGGGGACCCCCGAGUCGCCCCCUCUCCUCCCCCCGCCCCCCGGCUCCAUCCUCCGCCGCCGCCCGAGCAGCUGCGGGGCCGCCGCCGCCGCCUUUGCAGGCUGAGUCAUCACUAGAGAGUGGGAAGGGCAGCAGCAGCAGAGAAUCCAAACCCCAAAGCUGGUAUCACAAAGUACCUUUUCUCCAAGUUGGGGGCUCAGAGGGGCGCCAUCAUGAGCGAUGUUACCAUUGUGAAAGAAGGUUGGGUUCAGAAGAGGGUAGCAGGAAUAUUUUGUGUGGUGAAAAGUUGCUGUACUACUCUCAUGACACUGUUCUCCAAAGCCUGGAUCAAAGGGCAGCACAGGAGACUAUGGAUUAGCUAUGUCAGUUGCAUAGUUUUAUAUUUCACUGCUGAAAAUUUCAGAUUUGACUUUUAUCUCCAGGAACAUGGAGAAUAUAUAAAAAACUGGAGGCCAAGAUAUUUCCUUUUGAAGACAGAUGGCUCAUUCAUAGGAUAUAAAGAGAAACCCCAAGAUGUGGAUUUACCUUAUCCCCUCAACAACUUUUCAGUAGCAAAAUGCCAGUUAAUGAAAACAGAACGACCAAAGCCAAACACAUUUAUUAUCAGAUGUCUCCAGUGGACCACUGUUAUAGAGAGAACAUUUCAUGUAGACACUCCAGAGGAAAGGAUAAAAGAAAACUACAUGGUCAUUUCAACAGGUGCAGAAGAAGCAUUUGAAAAAAUUCAACACUCUUUCAUAACAAAAACACCCAGCUGGCUAGGAAUGGAAGGGAACUUACUCAACUUGAUUAAGGGUAUCUACAAACUACAGGUUAAUAAUACUCAAAGGGAAGAAUGGACAGAAGCUAUCCAGGCUGUAGCAGACAGACUCCAGAGGCAAGAAGAGGAGAGAAUGAAUUGUAGUCCAACUUCACAAAUUGAUAAUAUAGGAGAGGAAGAGAUGGAUGCUUCUACAACCCAUCAUAAAAGAAAGACAAUGAAUGAUUUUGACUAUUUGAAACUACUAGGUAAAGGCACUUUUGGGAAAGUUAUUUUGGUUCGAGAGAAAGCAAGUGGAAAAUACUAUGCUAUGAAGAUUCUGAAGAAAGAAGUUAUUAUUGCCAAGGAUGAAGUGGCACACACUUUAACUGAAAGCAGAGUAUUAAAGAACACUAGACAUCCCUUUUUAACAUCCUUGAAAUAUUCCUUCCAGACAAAAGACCGUUUGUGUUUUGUGAUGGAAUAUGUUAAUGGGGGAGAGCUGUUUUUCCAUUUGUCGAGAGAGAGGGUGUUCUCUGAGGACCGCACACGUUUCUAUGGUGCAGAAAUUGUCUCUGCCUUGGACUAUCUACAUUCCGGAAAGAUUGUGUACCGUGAUCUCAAGUUGGAGAAUUUGAUGCUGGAUAAAGAUGGCCACAUAAAAAUUACAGAUUUUGGACUUUGCAAAGAAGGGAUCACAGAUGCAGCCACCAUGAAGACAUUCUGUGGUACACCGGAAUAUCUGGCACCAGAGGUGUUAGAAGAUAAUGACUAUGGCCGAGCCGUGGAUUGGUGGGGCCUUGGGGUUGUCAUGUAUGAAAUGAUGUGCGGGAGGUUACCUUUCUACAACCAGGAUCAUGAGAAACUUUUUGAACUAAUUCUAAUGGAAGACAUUAAAUUUCCUCGAACACUCUCUUCAGAUGCAAAAUCAUUGCUUUCAGGGCUCUUGAUAAAGGAUCCAAAUAAACGCCUUGGUGGAGGACCAGAUGAUGCAAAAGAAAUUAUGAGACACAGUUUCUUUUCUGGAGUAAACUGGCAAGAUGUGUAUGAUAAAAAGCUUGUACCUCCUUUUAAGCCUCAAGUAACAUCUGAGACAGACACCAGAUACUUUGAUGAAGAAUUUACAGCUCAGACUAUUACAAUAACACCACCUGAAAAGUAUGAUGAGGACGGUAUGGACUGCACGGACAGUGAGAGGCGGCCGCAUUUCCCUCAGUUUUCCUACUCUGCAAGCGGACGAGAAUAAGUCUCUUCUGCUACUUCACUGUCAUCUUAGAUUUAUUACUGAAAAUGAUUCCUGGACAUCACAGCAGUCCUAGCUCUUACAAAUGCAGGAGCACCUUCAGACAUCCCAGACCAGUCCAAGGUCUUCACCCCUCGCCGCCUUUCACCCACAUGAGAACACACAUAUAUGCAGACAUACUCGACUUUUGUUUUUGCAUGAAAUUGUAUCUCAGUCUAAGGUCUCAUGCUGUUGCUGCUACUGUCUUACUAUUAUAGCAACUUUAAGAGGCUUGAACCUUGUCCAUGCUCGAGAGACUCAAUGGUCUUAGCGGGUGUAUCAUCCCACCGCCUCCAGAGCCCUAAUCCACAUCCUUCUGAGAGGCCAUGAAGAGGAUGUGAUGUGAUGUGAUGAUGAUGACAGAUCCGUGCCAGGGAGAACAGCCUGAGGUCAGGGACUUGUCCCGACUGCAGCCUUGCCCUUAGUGUUCCAUUGUCAUCCUCAAGGACAACACAACACUUUCAGCGCCCAUUUUUAUUACUUUAAAGCACUUGAGGGCUUCAUUGUGAAUAGUAGAAAUACUAUGUUAAACUAAAAUGAUGAUCUGUGUACAGAUGUUUGAUAGAAGUAAAUUUUGUAAUUUCACUGAGUACAUUUUUAGCCUCCUCUCAAUUACUGCAUAUUGAAGAAGAAACAUGACACCACCAAGCCAAAGAUGCUUUUUGUCUGUUUUUGUUGUUAACAGAGUGGAGAGGAUAAUGCCUAGUGCUUCCUGGUGUCUUCUGACUGUGCACAAAUUAGCAGGAUGAUAAAUAAUGGAGUCUUAUGGGAUGUUGAUUAAAAGCAAAUAAAGUUGAAGGAUAAUAUAUAUAGAUCUCUCCAAGAGGGAAAGAAACAUGAAUGGCAGGAAAAAAGGUUUGGUCCUUAAUACCCUUUAGCCUAGUUAAAAUAUGUGCCUUUUUUUGGUGUGGUUUUUUUUCAUCACUACAAGAUAAAAAGGAAACAUUUCAAGUCUUCAAAAAAUUCAUUUAUUGAAAUUCACAUGUGUAACAAAGCAUACAAAUGAGCAGAUAUAAAAACAUAAUAACUUCGAGCCUUUUCUGAAAACAUACACCAGGAGGUCUCCUCGUCUAGUGUCAGACUUCAGCUCCAGCCCAUCCAUCCUGCAGGGACCGCUUGGCAACGAAUGUGGCGGUGAUGACGCAGCCCGCCGCAGUCUAAGGUGGGGUCCACUGGGAAGGUCGCGGUGCAUUGUGGCAUAUUACGUAUAAAUCAGAUGAAUGUAAAUAUCUCUUUGUAAAUCAUUUAUUUCACUGUUUCAUCCAGGUCAGCAAUCAGAUUGUGGCAUGCUGGGUAACUGGAAAAAAUGAUAAUAAAAAAAACUGAGCGAUGCGGAAGCAAAGAACUUACCUGAAG